UUAACAAGUACUCAAGCAUAAGUACCGUGUAUGAGUAAAUGUACUUCGUUUUGACCUAAAAAUGUGGAAUGUGAUGAGUUUACACUUAAUAGCUCUCGUUGAAAACUAUUGACCAGACUUUCAGGUUAUAAAACGUGAAAUUAGGGCUUUCGGUUGUGGAUAAAAGUCGGUGGAGCCCUGGCUGGUGAUGCUGAGUGACAGCCAGGGGGAGAGAGAGAUCCCUCACCGGAGCAGGAAACUGCUGCUGGGACUACUGAGAAGACAGAGGAGGUACAAAACAACGUCGACAUCAGCGGGAAGGCAGCGGGGUAUCCACCAUAAUGUAGACCCAGCAGAUCAGGAACAGCCGUGUGCCACUUGUACCGAGUAUCACGAACACAUGUCGAGGGUGCAGCGCUGAAAACAAAAGAAGAGCGGGCCGCAAUUUUGCAUGGUGACAAUGAAGGAGCUGAAGGGCUGUGGUAUGCGCUCCUCGGUGGGCUUUCUGUCCCGCAGAGAGCUGACUGGGCAGCCGCUCAUGAAGGAGGAAUUCCAGAGACGCAGGCUGGCAGGCUGCACCAGCCUCUACAAGAAAGAUAUGCUCGGACAUUUCGGCUGUGUCAACGCCAUUGAGUUCUCCAAUAACGGCGGGGAAUGGCUCGUCUCGGGAGGAGAUGACCGCCGGGUGCUCCUGUGGCACAUGGAGAAGGCCAUCCACGCUCGGUCCAAGCCUGUGAAACUGAAAGGAGAGCACCUGUCCAACAUCUUCUGCCUGGCCUUUGACAGUACCAACAGAAAAGUCUUCUCUGGUGGAAAUGAUGAGCAGGUGAUCCUUCACGAUGUGGAGAGGAGAGAAACUCUGAACGUGUUCCUGCACAUCGAUGCCGUGUACAGUCUGUCAGUCAGCCCGGUCAAUGACAACGUGUUUGCCAGCUCCUCCGAUGACGGACGCGUUCUCAUCUGGGACACCCGCGAGCCGCCAAACGCAGAGCCGUUCUGCCUGGCCAGCUACCCCUCAGCCUUCCACAGUGUGAUGUUUAACCCUGUGGAGCCCAGGCUGAUCGCCACAGCCAACUCCAAGGAGGGAGUUGGAUUAUGGGACAUCCGCAAGCCACGCAGCUCAUUGCUGCGUUAUGGAGGCAGCAUGUCCCUGCAGAGCGCCAUGAGUGUUCGCUUCAACAGCACCGGCACCCAGCUGCUGGCACUGCGCCGCCGCCUGCCGCCCGUCCUCUACGAGCUGCACUCCCGCCUGCCCAGCUUCCAGUUCGACAACCAGGGCUACUUCAACUCCUGCACCAUGAAAAGCUGCUGCUUCGCUGGGGACAAAGAUCAGUACAUCCUGUCUGGGUCAGAUGACUUCAACCUCUACAUGUGGAAAAUCCCAAAGGAUCCAGAAGCAGGAGGCCCUGGUCGUGUGGUAAACGGGGCUUUCAUGGUCCUGAAGGGUCACCGCUCCAUAGUGAACCAGGUUCGCUUCAACCCUCACACCUACAUGAUCUGCUCCUCCGGCGUGGAGAAAGUCAUCAAGGUGUGGAGUCCCUACCAGCAGCCCGACAGUCUUGGUGAUCUGGAGGGCCGUGUGGAGGACAAGUCACGCAGCCUCUACACCCAUGAGGAGUACAUCAGCCUGGUGCUCAACAGUGGCAGUGGUCUCUCCCACGACUACGUCAGCCAGUCCAUCCAGGAGGAUCCCCGCAUGAUGGCUUUCUUUGACUCACUGGUGCGUCGGGAGAUCGAGGGCUGGAGCUCCGACUCUGACAGUGACCUGAGCGAGGAGGCCAUCAUGCAGCUUCACGCCCGAGGACGCCGCACCACGCGGGCCACACCAACGGCUGCCACCGCUGUCUCGGCUGCUGGCCACCACAGUGACUCUGACAAUUCGUCAUCUUCCUCCCUGGCCGGACCGGAUGCAUCAGGGGGGGAAGAGCAAGCCGGAGUGGAGGCAGAGGGGAGGCAGAGGAGACGAAGCAGACAUCAGCAGCAUCAAUCUGGCUUCCUUGUGAAUGAGGACUCGGACUCAAGUGAGUUUUGGCUUGAUCCCAUGCCCCGACCUCGCUCCCCAAGCCCCAGAGACAACUCCACCCUGUCCAGUCCCACCUCGUCUCCCUCACUUCCUGCGGGAGCCUCCAGCUCCUCCACGUCCACCUCCAGCUCCAGCAGCGACGAUGAGGAGCGCCGUAGCGCAGUGAGGCGACGCAAUGUCAUGAGGCGGCGACGCAUGCGUGUUGCCUCCAGAGCUGGGGAUCGACCAGACUCUGUACAGGCUCUGUUUUCAGCCGUCGACUCCUGCAGUUACCCAUCAAUAUCAAUCGACGACCUGUCUUCCUCCUCGUCGGGCGAGGAACAGAACUCUCUCCAAAUCAAGCCCCAUGCUGGCGCCGCCAGAGAUGAGGAAAAAUGUCUGAGCCCUUCUGACUUUGUGUGCCUGAGCCCAGAAAUGUCCCCAGAGAGCCGAGAGAAUGAGGAAGGGAGUGACAGGACUGAGCUGGAAAGGCAUCCAGCUGCAUCUCUGCCGUCUCUGGUUGGACACAGGACAGAAGAAAGGGCUGCUGCACAACUGGCUUCGGACAGCUCUGAUAGCGGAGAGGCUUGUAGCAGCUCGGGGGCUUUGGACAGAAACUCCCAGAGCCAGUGUAGCCGUGGGGUGAACGGGCAGCACCGGACUGUGGCACCACAUGAGAGUGAGAACCUCCUCGUCUCCUCAGAAACAGAGGAAGAGACUGGCGUUACACCCGAAGACACGAGGCCACAGAGAGAAAAAGGCCUGGCACAGAGCGCUCUGAAACGGACUCAUGUGGGAUCAGAGGAGGGCGAGUCAGGCUCCUCACCCUCGGAAAAGAAGCUAAAAACAUAACGACAUUUCUUCCUCAAGCCGGAAAGAAACCAUUUGUUAGCAGGUUUAAUUUAGGAAGUGGGCUUUUCUAUGGGUUUUUACAACUCAGCUUUUUCAUUUUGCGUCUUGUAGUCAUGUGACCCAUAUGAACUCACGCUGAUUCUGAGCAGAAGAUGUUAAGGAACUUUAAAAAAAAAAAGAAAAAAGAAAAAAAGUGUGAUCGAUUAAUUUUUGUUUCUGAACAAAUUGUACAACGUCAUCAAUCUUAAGGUCAAACCGAGGAUGACAUUAAAAGAUAGAAAACAUACAACGUAAGACAAAUGUUGUUGAUAACAAAGGUAUUUUAAGUGAAAUGCAUUUAUAUUCAUGCAGCACCAGUGUUUCUGUCUCACGCUCUGGUUGGAUUCGGAGCUCCUCCAACCAUAACUAAAUGGAAAAAAGGAAGAAAAAAAAAAGGUCUUAUGGAGGACAAAAUAUUUGCAGCAUUUUCAUUUCUACAGUUUCACACCGAGCGUAAAUCUGAUUGGGCGUAUUUUCAUUUUAAAGUGAUUCUCGACUAAGAAGGCUUCAGGGGGGUCUGAAGAAUUGACUGUGUCUCCAUAGAAAUCUUAUGGAGCACCAUUUGUCGCAGCUGUGCAUUGAAAUGAUGCUUUCAACGUCUCUACCAGUUGUUUUUUGUCUCAUUAUCCAGCCUCUGGGUACCAUUACAAGCCAGCGGUCGCUUUUGUUUUCCUGCAAUUAAAGAAUAAUUUGUUCUCCAGUGA